UUUUAGUGCUCGCAAAGCCGCAAAGGACGUUAGAGGAUGGACAAUGACGCACGGGUUUUUCGCGUGGAUGGGUGGAUUCAUGCUCUACGUCAAUGGCAUCCCGCGAGCCACUCUUACACCUGAUGAACUCCUGCAAUUUGUUCAUGAGGGAUCCGUGGACAUGCCUGUCAUCACGGAGGAAGAGAUAGAAGAUCGAAGUAAGGGUGAUGGACUAUCCAAAGGCGUGACCAUUCUUCAGCUGGCAUGGUUCUGCGUUCCCUAUGGCUUGUGGUGGAAGAAGCCCAAGGAUGUAGGACGUCCCUUAUGCUGUUCAUUGGAAAGCAACCGCAUCUCCGCCAAGCAACUUAGCCUACGAGUAUGUCGCCAUUCUUCAAUCAAAUCAGAUUUAUCAUUCUCCAGUGGUGGAGGCUGGUUCUUCUAUCUCGUCUAUCCCGUUAUUAGUGUCAUGGGAUUUGGAUCACUACCUUCCUCCGGAGCUGUCCACUCGCGUCGGACUCCAUCUCUAGGUGGUUAUGGUAAGUAUCAUGGCGAAAUCACACUUCUCAUCGGAUGUUUCAGCGGGAUUGUUUUUGGAGGAAUACACUGCCUAGGCUGGAAUUUUUCGUUUCAGAAACACACGGAGCAGACAUUAUGGCAUGGGGCUUCCCUUGCGGUACUGUGUAUACCACUAUGUAUUUAUAUCCUGUUUUGCUAUUGCAGUUGGUUGACCUUUGUAGAUGAUUAUAACGCAUAUUUCAUGGUCUUUACUAUAAGCAUCAGCUCUCUCAUAUACGUCGCUGCACGCAUUACACUAAUUGUACUUAUGAUGCAGAGCUUACAAUCAUUGCCUCCUGGCGUAUACGAUACUGUAGCUUGGAACAAGUUUGUUCCGCAUUUCUAGUUUCCUGAUGUUACAUUCAUGAAAUAUGAUAACUUGCCUGGCUUUUCUGAUCA